AUGUACUCAUCCACAAGACCCAUAGUAGUGCACCCGCUAGUUUUGCUUUCAGCAGUCGACCACUACGCGCGGCUAGACCAGCCCAGAGUAGUGGGCACUCUGCUGGGACACAUUGAAAAUGGCGUGAUUCAUGUGACAAAUUCGUACGCAGUGCCUUUUGACGAGCUAGAGCACAAUUUGGAUGUCUGGUUCUUCGACACGUCCUACAACGAGAGCAUGUACAAGCUGUACAGCAAAGUGAACAACAUGGAGCACAUCCUUGGAUGGUACCACACGGGAGGAUACCUCCACAAAAACGAUCUGCAGAUCACACAGACAUUCAGAAGCUACUGCAGCGAUCCAAUACUCGCCGUGAUUGACGUAGAGAACUCAGCGCACGGAGGGCCUGUGAAGUGCUACAAGCUAGAGAGAGAAAACACUCUGUACAGCGAAUCAACGCAGUUUGUCUUCUCGCACGUGCCGUUCCAGAUAGAAGCAGAGGAGGCUGAGGAAGUUGGCGUGGAGCAGCUGGUGGAAGACAUCAAAGACGUUAACAUAGGAGAUGUAGAGAACAAAAUAACCCAGACAAAAGAGGCUCUCGCAGAGCUGUCUAAGGGCCUUGCUUUCAUAGAGUCGUAUCUGCUGGAUGUUGAAGAAGGCAGAAGAAAGUAUGACACAGAGAAGAUGGACUCCAUACAGGAGCUGAUGAACAACAUACCGCGAAGAAUACCCGGUGAAAUGAUGGAGUACAUCGAUAGGCUGGAGGUGAACAGCUUUAUCUGUUCGACUGUCCGGCCGGUUGUGCUUUUAAAUGAUGUUGAGAUGAGUAAAUAA